AUGGGACGUAGAAAGAUAUCCAUUCAGCCUAUUUUGGACGAUCGAUCUCGGAGCGUCACUUUUUCUAAACGAAAAAGCGUCACCAUAUUUGACCGCAAACGUCGACUUUAUGUCUUUUCCUCGCAUGAUUUUCAGCGAACUAUAAAUCAUGUAAAUACUAACCAUAUUUAUGAACAUCAAACUGCUGCCCAAUAUGUGAGCAAGCAACGACAGGCCUUUAUUCCUCGCAACUCUUAUUUUUUACCUUCUUUGGCCGCUGUCAAUUCUCCAAAUUCCCAUCAUCUCGAUCGUGCUUCAUCAUCAUCCACCUAUUCCUCUCCAUCUUCUAAUCCUACCUGUCUAGCCACUUCCUCCCAAAUGAGGCGAGGCAAUGAACCUAUGACUCCUCCUGCUAAUCCCUACAGGUAUCCUUAUAUCAAGAACGAGAGUCCUCGUCCAGCUCCUACUCCUACUCCUACUCCUACUGAUAUAAGCCAUGCCUACGAAGCUCAAAAACAUUACUCACAUUUGUCUCCUGUUAAGGAAAGUCCUUUUCAAUCCGGCUAUGAUCCCACUUUUGCUUCUUCUUUGAAUCACAUGGAUACAAAGCGCAGUUCUAUUCAUAUAAAUAGUUUACAAUCGUUAGCCUCAACUCAACCAGCAUAUGUUGACCGUAAAGCUGGCUAUUGUUCUUCUUCCUUUUCAGACCCCAUGAAAACUAAGCUUCCAGUAGGCUUUCCUCCCCAACCAUCGGUCCCCGAAUACCAUUACAAUAACCAAACUAGACAAGAUGUAGGGCCCUUCUCCACUUCUUCUUAUCCUUAUCCUUACCCUCAUCAAAACUUUCAACAUUUACCAACAUGGAGAAAAGAUCAUGAUCAUAGUUAUGCUUAUAACGUUGUCCCUACACCUAUGAGCAUGUACUCGAUGGAUCCUUCUCAUGCGCUGCCAGACAGACUCGUGCCUAAUGCAGCCCAUCUACCAUAUUGCUAG